AUGGAUGCCAUUAUAUGGAAUGUCAGGUCAGUGAAUACUAUGCAGGCCUUUGAAAGAUUGAUUACUAUGCAUAGGCAACAUCAUUCUGAGUUUAUAGGAAUUCUAGAACCAAUGCAACAGUCCAGUAAAAUGGAAAGGUAUAAGAGCAUAAUAGGUUUGGCUCAGGCUGUGGUUAAUGUUUCAAAUAAAAUAUGGGCAUUCAUUGUUGAAGUCUUCGAGGUUACUAUUCUGUACAACAUGGUGCAGCAGUUGACUUUGAAAUUAUUCCACAUUGAAACUCAUGGGGAUUUUAAUAUGAUCUGGGAUGAGGAAGAAAAAUUUGGAGGAUUGCCAGUAUCUCUAAUUGAGGUUGAUGAUUUCAGACAUUGUAUUAAUACUUGUAACCUGACAGACUUGGGCUUCAAGGGUAGUAUUUUUACCUGGUGGAAUGGUAGAUCAGAGGAUGACUGCAUAUUCAAGAGGUUGGAUAGAUGUUUGGGUAAUAUGGAGCUGCAACAAACUUUUCCAGGAUUUGAGAUCACUCAUUUAUCAAAGAUUGGAUCUGACCAUUGCCCAAUGCUUCUGAAAUGUGACAUUGAAACUCCACCUAUUAAGAAAUCAUUCAAAUUUCUUAAUUUUUGGACAAAAAAUGACACCUUUAAAGAUGUUGUGAAAGAGAACUGGAAUGCAGAUUUUAGUGCCAAUCCGUUUGUACUGUUCAAUCAUAAGCUUAAAAAGUUGAAGAAAGUGUUCUCUACUUGGAGCAGAUCAACAUUUGGAGAUAUUUUCCAAAAGAUUGCAAGCCUUGAAGAAGUGGUCUUAGUGCAUGAGAGGCAAUUUGAAGCAUAUCCUACUCAGCAGAAUAGAGAGAGGCUGCAGAAAGUUCAAGCUGAAAUGAUUAGAUUUUUGGCAAUUGAAGAGGAAUUUUGGAAGCAAAAGUCAGGCAUAGCUUGGUUCAAGGAUGGGGAUAGAAAUACUAAGUUCUUUCAUGCACAAGUUAAAGGGAGGAGGAAAAGGUUACAGCUCAAUAGAAUCAAGGAUAACAUGGGCAAUUGGAUUGAAGAAGAUGAGCACAUUGCUGAGGAAGCUGUUAGAUUUUACCAGGAUCAAUUCACUGAAACUUUGAGGAAGAACGAAAAUACAAAGCUGACAGCAGUACCAACAAGAGAAGAAGUUAAGAGGGCAGUAUAUGGUUUGAAUGGAGAUUCAGCAGCUGGUCCAGAUGGGUACACAGGUGCCUUUUAUCACACAUGUUGGGAUAUUGUUGGAGAGGAUAUCUAUGCAAUGGUGUUAGCAUUCUUUAAUGGACAACAACUGCCAAAAUGUGUGACACAUACCAACCUUGUGCUACUGCCAAAAAAGAAAGAGGUGAGUACAUUCUCAGAUUUGAGGCCAAUCAGCCUUAGUAAUUUUAUCAACAAAAUCUUCUCGAGGGUUAUUCAUGAGAGGUUGGUAGAUUUGUUACCUCAUUUGAUCUCAGAAGAGCAGGCAGGUUUUGUAAAGGGAAGAAGUAUUGUGGAAAAUGUAUUGCUCACUCAGGAGAUCAUAACUGACAUAAGGAUGAGAACUAAGGCUGGGCCUAAUGUGGUGAUCAAGCUCGAUAUGACAAAGGCUUAUGACAGACUUUCGUGGUUGUUCUUGACAAAAAUGCUAAGGAAGCUGGGUUUUUGUGAGAGGUUUAUUGGAAUGGUGUUCGACUUGGUAGGAAACAACUGGUAUUCUGUGUUAGUCAAUGGACAAGCUCAUGGUUUCUUCAAGUCAACAAGGGGUGUCAAGCAGGGUGAUCCUCUUUCACCAACGCUGUUUAUCCUAGCGGCAGAAGCUCUCUCAAGAGGCCUGAACUCAUUGCAUCAGAACUUAUACUUUUGUGGCUUUGGAUUACCUAAAUGGAGCCUAAAAAUCAACCAUUUAGCCUAUGCAGAUGAUACCAUAAUUUUCUCUUCUUCUGAUGCUACAUCUUUACGCUUAGUGAUGGAGGUUCUGCAUGCUUAUGAAUCUGCAUCUGGCCAGUUGGUGAACAAAAGCAAAUCUCCCAUCUAUAUGCAUCAUUUAUCAGAUAUGGAGGUGGUUAGGAAGGUGGAAAGGGUAUCAGGCUUAGAAAGGAAAACUUCUUUCAAUUGGAGGAAGAGCAUUAUUGAUAGCAAAUGUCCUUCAAUCAUUGCCAAUACACCUGCUUUCUUCUGGAGUAGUGCUGUGGGGGGUACAAGCAGGCAUUGGGCUUCUUGGACAAAUCUGUGUCUGCCAUAUGAAGAGGGAGGAAUUGGUUUCAGAUCUUUGCAUGAUGUUUCUAAGGCAUUGUUCUCCAAAUUAUGGGGGAAUUUCAGAACAAAACCUAGCCUUUGGAGUUCAUUUGUGAGUCAGAAAUACUGCAAGAAGCAUAAUGCAAACUUUGGAGUGGAUGAGAGCAUUCAGAAUGUAUUUGAGGUUGUACAGAAUGGAGCUUGGGAUAUUGAUAAAUUACUGGAGGUGCUUCCUAAGGACUUAGCAAUGCACAUUGUUGAGAAAAUCAGUCCUCCAGUACAGGCAAAUACACUAGACUCCCCAUAUUGGAUGCUUGAACCAAAAGGGAACUUCACUGUCAAAUCUGCCUGGGAGUACCUAAGGAGGAGAGCUGAUCCUAAGGAGGCCUACAAGAAGAUAUGGGUAAAGGGGAUUCCUUUUAAAAUUGGAUUCUUUAUGUGGAAAGUGUGGAGAGCAAAAUUACCUUUGGAUGAUUUUAUGAAGAGGUUAGGAUAUCUGAUGCCAUCCAGAUGUUGGUGUUGUGUUGAACCUAAGGAGGAAACUCUGACUCACCUAUUCUUCACAUCUAAUACAGCUAAAAUAGUGUGGAAAUAUUUUCUGGGGAGAGCAGGUAUAGCUAUUGAGGGGCUAACUAUGCAUCAAGCAAUUACGAAGUGUUGGACAGCCCAAGUUUUACCAAGAAUCAAACCAGUAAUGCAGGCACUACCUUCCUGUAUUGUAUGGGAAUUGUGGAAGAGGAGGAACAGUCUAAAAUAUGGGGAAGUGGUGUCAGUUAGCAGGGUUAUUCAUCAAGCUUCAACAACAUUGCAGUCAUUAGUCAAGUUAAGAAAGCCAGGUCUUCGAGUGCCUCACAGAUGGCAUCUUUUAUUAUCAACACUGGAGAAUUAUACAUCAAGGCUAAGGUUUGACAAAGUCACUUGGGAAUUUCCAAUAGAAGGGUGGUUAAAAGUGAAUACAGAUGGUGCAUCUAGAGGGAAUCCAGGGAGAAGUUCGAUUGGCUUCUGUAUAAGAGAUGACAUGGGGGAUGUCAGGUAUGCAGUAGGAAAGGAGAUUUCUGAAGGAUCAAACAAUGAGGCAGAGGCAGUAGCUAUUUUGGAAGCUCUGAGGUUCUGUAAAUCCCAGCAGUACUCGAAGAUAUGGUUGCAAACUGAUUCAUUAGUAUUGAAAAAUGUUAUAGAAGGAACAUGGGAUCCACCUUGGACCAUUGUUGAAUAUGUGGAGGAAAUAAGGCAGUUAAAGGGAGAAUUCAGCAUUAAGGUGUCUCAUAUUUUUAGAGAGGGGAACAAGCUAGUAGAUCAUCUGGCAAACUCUGCAUUUGAUGCAGGAGGCAUAGAGGGCUUUGGCUUCUGGGAUCUAGACUCACAUGGGAGAAGGUUAGUUAAUGGAGAUAAGCUGUAA